CAUAAAAUUGUGACUUUUACUAACAUUAAUUUACCUUACAAAAAUAUGGAUUCCCGGGAAUCGACGGCGAUACUAAUUCCGCCGCCGUCACCUUACACUCCGCUGUUGGCCGGCAAGUCCCCGUCCUCUUCUAGCCGACGCCACUUGUUUGCGGCCCUCGCCGUCGUCUCAGUGGCGGCGUUGGUGUGCGUGACAAUGUUACUUGUGGUGGCACUGAGGGUGGACACUGUCGGCAAAUCCAAGACUCCGGUCAAAGUUUCGUCGCCGCUCACAAAUGCAACGGUUUCAUCCCCUUUCAAAACCAGGCCGCCGCCGUCGGCGGUGGCGCGUGGCGUCCCGGAGGGUGUUUCUAAUAAGUCAUUUGGCCCUUCUGGGGUUGAUCAACCCUUUAUAUGGACCGAUGAGGUACUGAGUUGGCAAAGAACUGCCUUCCAUUUUCAGCCUCAGAAAAAUUGGAUGAAUGAUCCUAAUGGUCCAUUAUUCUACAAGGGAUGGUAUCAUUUUUUCUAUCAAUACAACCCGGAGUCGGCGGUAUGGGGGAACAUUGUAUGGGGGCAUGCGGUGUCACGUGACUUGAUCCACUGGCGCCACCUUCCCAUCGCCAUGGUUCCCGACCACUGGUACGACGCCAACGGCGUCUGGACCGGCUCCGCCACCUUCCUCCCCGACGGCCAGCUUCUCAUGCUCUACACCGGAGCAACCAACGACUACGUGCAGGUUCAAAAUCUAGCAUACCCGGAAGAUCUAUCCGACCCGCUUUUGCUCAAAUGGGCCAAGUACGAGGGUAACCCGGUCCUUGUUCCGCCGUCGGGAAUCGGGUCCCAUGAUUUCCGUGACCCCACAACUGCCUGGUACAAUGAGGCCGAGGGCAGGUGGCACAUCAUGAUUGGUUCAAAGAUUAACAAGACUGGGAUCACCAUGGUUUUUGACACUAAGGACUUCAAGCACUUUAGGUUGGUAAACGGGUUGGCCCAUGGAGUUGCGGGUACGGGUAUGUGGGAGUGUGUGGAUUUUUACCCAAUUUCGACCACUGAAGGAAUCGGGCUCGACACUUCGUACAAUGGGCCCAACAUAAAGCAUGUUUUGAAGACCAGCCUUGAUGAUGAUCGGAAUGACUAUUAUGCCAUUGGAACGUACAAGGAGCCCUCCGAGAAAUGGAGACCCGAUGAUCCCACCAUUGACACCGGCAUCGGGUUAAGAUAUGAUUAUGGAACAUAUUAUGCCUCUAAAUCAUUCUAUGAUCCAUCAAAGAAGAGGAGAGUUAAUUGGGGUUGGGUUACUGAAAUUGACAGUGAAACUUCUGAUCUACAAAAGGGUUGGGCUUCAGUUCAGGGCAUUCCAAGAACCAUAUUGUUUGACAACAAAACCGGCACCAACCUCAUACAAUGGCCAGUGGAGGAGGUUGAGAAGCUAAGGAGUCAAAAAUCGAAAUUUGAGAAGGUUGAGGUGAAACCAGGUUCGGUUGUACAUCUUGACGUGGGAAAGUCUGAUGAGUUGGAUAUUCUGGCGGAGUUUGAAGUUGAUAAGGAUGCAUUUGGAAAAGCGGCAGGAAGUGACAUCCCAUAUAGUUGCACCGCCGGAGCUUCCCAACGCGGUGGUUUAGGGCCGUUUGGGUUGCUUGUUAUUGCUAAGGAUGAUUUCUCCGAGCACACUCCGAUCUACUUCUACAUUGCCAAGGAUACAACAGGAAAUUUCAAAACUUUCUUCUGUGCUGAUCACUUAAGGUCAUCCCUAGCCAACGAUGUAAGAAAGAAAACCUAUGGCAGAACAGUUCCUGUCCUCGACGGCGAAAGUCUCUCAAUGAGAAUAUUGGUGGAUCAUUCAAUAGUGGAGAGCUUUGCUCAAGGUGGAAGGACAUGCAUAACAUCAAGAAUCUAUCCAACAAGUGCAAUUGGUGAAGAUGCUAAGCUGUUUUUGUUCAACAAUGCAACGGAUGCCACCAUUACUGCAUCGGUUGAGGUCUGGCAAAUGUCUGAAAUGGACUCUGCUGCCCCUCACAACUUCAACAAAUGGGGAACUUGUACCUACAUCAUCUUCAUUGUCUUCUUCUUCCUCUUGUAGUUUCACAUCUCAUCUUUUUAGGGUUUUUAGUGUAUUUUGGUUGGUGGAAACGAACUCUUUAAUUUGCAUGCAUGUAAUCAUGAAAUAAAAAGAGAUUGCUGCUAAUAAUAAGUUAUUAACCAUAAUGUAAUA